AUGAGCACCAUGUACACCCCCCAGUCUUCCAAGGUACCAGACCAGAAAACAACGGGUAUCUCCCUAACAGCCCCAGUCUCCUGGUUCAUCAUCAACAGCGCCCAAAACGCCCGCUGCGCCGCCUGGCUCGUCCGCCACUUCAUCCGCCCCAUCAUCACCACCGGCUGCAACAACUACCACGUGCAGGUGCGCUUCCACAAGCCCAGCGAGCGGUGGAUCGUCGACCUGUCCGCGUGGGAAUUCGACGCAGUCGGCCUGGGCACGGAGUGGACGGACGAGAUCCGGACGAAGUUCAGGGAGAGCAAGUAUAUUGCCAAACACCUUGUUCGCGAGCGAGCUAUUGAUAUGGAUGAUUGGGUGAAGCCGUUCUGCGGCCAGGAGUCUGAUAGCUGGGAGCGCGGGACAUGGUUCAAGUGUUACCUUGGGUACCCGUUUAUCCUGCAGAAGGAGGGGAGGCUGUGGAUUGGGGAGAUUGGGAAGUUUAAUGUCCUUGUGAAUCUUGUUGCUUCGGCGCCUCCUGGAGUUCCGGUGGAUGCGGAACGCAUGGUCGAGGUUGCGAGGAGGACGGAUGAGACGAAGGACUUGCUGGCCGUGCUGGAUAUACUGUAUCCCAAGAGAGAACGCAAGAAUCGAAACAAGCGCAGCGGCGGCGGUGGAAGCAGUGGUGACUCUGACUGUGAAACUGAAACUGACACUGACAGUGACAGCAGCCCUGGUAAGUCAAAGAGUGCACGGCGGCCGCGGCCCAAGAGGUAA